AUGGCUGGAUUCUGCGAAUGCAGUGGUAUCUUUGGGUACGUCAACUACCUGGUGGAGAAGGACCGGAAGUUCAUUGUCAACACUCUCGUCAAUGGUUUAUCGAGACUCGAAUAUCGUGGCUACGAUUCGGCCGGAUUUGCCGUCGAUGGCGACAAAAAAAAUGAGGUGCUUGCUUUCAAGGAGGUCGGCAAGGUGGCCAAGUUGAGGGAGAUGAUUGAGGAGGCCAAGCCGGAUCUGACCAAAGUUUUCGAUUCGCACGCUGGUAUUGCACACACCCGAUGGGCCACCCACGGUCGGCCAUCCCAACUCAACUGCCAUCCUCAUCGGUCCGACCCCAAUUGGGAAUUCUCCGUGGUUCACAAUGGAAUCAUCACCAACUACAAGGAAUUGAAGGCUCUUCUGGAGGGCAAGGGCUUCAAGUUUGAGACCGAGACCGAUACCGAAGCGAUUGCGAAGCUUGCCAAGUUUAUCUACGAUGCCCACCCCGACAUCGAUUUCGACGUGUUGGCUCAAGCCGUGAUCAAGGAGCUCCAGGGCGCUUUCGGGCUGCUCUUGAAGUCUACCCACUACCCUCACGAAGUCAUUGCUGCUCGCAAGGGAUCACCGCUGGUCAUCGGUGUCAAGACUCAGAAGAAGAUGAAGGUGGACUUUGUUGAUGUGGAGUUCGGCGAGGAUGUUGCCCUUCCUGCCGAGACCGCUUCUCAGAACGUGGCGUUGAAAAAGACCAACAACUUGCUUGCACCGCCGGAUAAGAGUCUCCUCCACCGUUCGCAAUCCCGAGCGUUCCUCUCCGACGACGGGAUUCCGAUUCCGACCGAAUUCUUCCUCUCCUCCGACCCGUCCGCGAUCGUCGAACAUACCAAGAAGGUCCUAUAUCUCGAGGAUGACGAUAUUGCCCAUAUCCACGAAGGUUCCCUCAACAUUCACCGUAUGAAGCAUUCCACUAGCACGUCCAACGUCCGUGCCAUCCAGACCAUCGAGAUUGAACUUCAGGAGAUCAUGAAGGGUUCCUUCGAUCAUUUCAUGGAGAAGGAAAUCUUCGAGCAACCCGAAUCCGUCAUCAACGCCAUGCGUGGUCGUUUGGACCUGGAGAACAAGAAGGUGACCUUGGGUGGGCUUCGACAGUACCUGAGCACCAUUCGCCGCUGCCGACGGUUGAUCUUCAUUGCCUGUGGCACAUCAUAUCAUUCCUGCAUGGCCGUCCGUGGGAUCUUCGAAGAACUGACCGAGAUCCCCAUCUCCGUCGAACUUGCAUCCGAUUUCCUCGAUCGCCAGGCUCCGGUAUUCCGCGAUGACACCUGUGUCUUCGUCUCGCAAUCCGGAGAAACCGCCGAUUCGUUGUUGGCGUUACGCUUCUGCUUGGAGCGGGGUGCACUCACCGUUGGGAUCGUGAAUACCGUCGGCUCAUCCAUUUCGUUGAUCACCCACUGCGGUGUUCACAUCAAUGCUGGACCCGAGAUCGGUGUUGCGUCGACCAAGGCGUAUACUUCCCAGUUCGUUUGCAUGGUCAUGUUUGCUCUGUCACUCUCCGAGGACCGUGCAAGCAAGCAUCAGCGACGUGAGGAGAUUAUGGAGGGUCUUGGAAAGAUUUCCGAGCAGUUCAAGGAGGUUUUGAAGCUCGACAAACCGAUCAAGAAAAUGUGUGAUCAGUUCAAGGAUAAGAAGAGCAUUCUUCUUCUUGGACGCGGUGCUCAGCAUGCCACCGCACUGGAAGGUGCAUUGAAGAUCAAGGAGAUUUCGUAUCUCCACUGCGAAGCCGUCAUGUCCGGAGAGUUGAAACAUGGCGUUCUUGCGCUUGUCGACGAGGACCUUCCGAUUGUCAUGAUUUUGACUCGUGAUGACAUUUUCAAGAAGUCUUUGAAUGCCUAUCAACAGGUGGUUGCUCGAGGCGGUCGACCCAUCAUCAUCUGCAAUGAGGGUGACCCGGAAUUCCCUGCCGAGAAGGUUGAGAAGAUCGAGGUUCCUACCAACGUUGACGUCCUUCAGGGAUUGAUCAAUGUUAUUCCUCUGCAACUGAUGGCCUAUUGGCUUGCCGUCAAUGCCGAUUUGAACGUUGACAUGCCGCGUAACUUGGCUAAGUCGGUGACGGUUGAGUAA